AUGGGUGAAAGUAUAAAAGAAUAUUUAGAGAGGAUUGAUAUCUUCUUUAUGGUGAACAAAGUAGAAGAUAGAAUGAAAGGAGUAAUGUUGCUGACGCUGGGAGGAGCGGCGUUGUAUAGUUUAGUCGCGAAAUUAGUGUUCCCGGAGGAACCAAAAGAAGUGACAUACGGAAAAUUGUGUAUAAAGUUGAGGGAGCAUUUGGAACAGAAAGUGAACGUGGUAGCGGAGCGAUUUAAUUUCAGAAGGUGUGAUCAAAAGGAUCAGUCAGUAGCGGAAUAUAUAGUGGAACUGAAAGCGCUCGCGCAAUCAUGUAACUUUAAGUGUUGCCUUACAGAAUCUCUGCGCGAUCAGUUAGUCGCGGGUGUAAAAGAUGAAGGGUUGAGGAAACGGCUUCUACGGGAGGCAGAUCUGACCUUCGCGAGCGCAGAGAACAUAGCAAGGUGUUGGGAAGCAGCCGAUGAGCAAAAUGAGGCAUUCACGGCGAAGGAGAAGCCCGGAGAAAUGGCGGCAAUUAAGUACGCGCCAAAAACUAGCGUCGGUCCAAAAACGUACAACUACCGCGAGAGCCCAAAUAAAAAUUACGUGGCUAAGUGCUACAAAUGUGGACGGCCGCACAACGCACAGACAUGCCCGGCACGCUUGUGGCAGUGUUUUAACUUGUUCAUUCUAAAAAAGUAUUUGUUAGAUGAAAGGUUUAAAUCCAUCAGCAUACAGAGGAAAAUUAACAGGUUCCUUUUAAACUAUAGAAAUAGUCCGUGCACGGUAACAAAGGUCACGCCAGCGGAGAGAGUGUUCUGCUAUACACCACAUACGCUAUUGGCAAAGGUGAAUCCUACAAAGGCUCACCAAGAAGGCACCCCAAAGAGGGAAGGAGCAGGAGUCCAGAGCACAGUCCCAAUAAGGUCAAGGGAAGAAUCGUAUGAGGAAGAAUAAGAAGUGUAUUAUCGAAAUCACUUCAGGGAAACGGUCAGGUGGAUACCAGCGGUCAUUAAAAAGAAGAUUAGUCGACUGAGGUACCUAAUUAGUGUGAACGGAAUAGUGCGGAUGGUGCAUCAGAAUCAGGUACGCAAGAAGCAGAAUGCGCGGGAGAUGAACAAAUGGGUUUACCCAAUGCAACCAAGUCAAGCUAGGAGUGCAAGGAAAAGGAAGAGAAGUGAGUCGAGUCCACCACCCUUACGCCGAUCGAAGCGGCUAGAAGGGCAACCAAGGUUUAAGUAUCCGCGAUAG